CCUAAAUCGAAAACUCUCAUUUCAUAUUCUUCUUCAUCGAUUUUGCUCUAAUCUCUUGGAUCCUCUAGAGAUCGGUUUGGUUUUGCAGGAACAACAAUCCAAUCAAGAUGCCUCCAAGAACAAGGAACCCUAAAGCACUCAAGGCCUCUCGCGGAGCAGCCACGCCUUCUCACUCCGCGAACGUCCCUUCCUCCUACCCAUGGCCGAACAAGGCUGAGGGUCAACCGAUCAACAUCAAUGACCCACUACUCCUUGACUACAAUUGUGAGGGGUGGGACAAGGAGUCCGCAGCAAGAUACAACAGGCUUCUCGCAGCAGAGAUCCUGCCCACACGAUUUGCUCACGCGGAGACCUUAGCUGCUCUUGGUCUCGAGUCUGAUGUGUUCGAGACGCUCGAUGUCAUGGGCCUCGCUCCUCUCUGCUACCAAGCCCAAGUUCUCUAUCCAGAUUUGGUUCGGCAAUUGCUCGCAACAGCUCAGAUUACUUACCAGAACCCAACUGCGCCAACAUACGAGAACUGCUACUUCUCCUUCAUGGCUGACGGCAAGUUCUGCUCCAUCUCUCUCCACGAUCUAAACGAACUACUCGAGAUCGCAGACACGCCAAGAGAGGUCUCAGUUGACAAAAAGUUCGCGCCAGCAAACGCCUUUUGGGAUCUCAUUGCGACAGGGAAGUUCACUUCUCGCAAGGCUUAUCAGUCACAAAUCCGAAACCCCACUCUGCGUAUCAUUGCCAAGAUCGUCUCGAACAUCCUAUUCGCAAAGGAACACACCUCCAAGGUCACAAACGGAGAGCUGCAGGUUCUAUACACCGGCCUCGAGGAUGAGAUCCGUAGAGACAGAGUCAUACCGAUACAGACUGUGAAAACAAACCCUGGAUUCCUUCUCAUCACGAUGCUCUCUGAGCGCAAGGAUUCCAUGGUCCGAACGGAAGACAAGAAAGAUCGCUGCGGCAGUGUUCUCACACCCUUGUUCAAACGCUUCAACAUCGACCUGGAUUCCUACACGGUUGUUCCUGAGCUUGAGUACAUUGACACCGCCUAUUUGAUCACGUGCCACAUCCUGCGCGACGAAAGCACAUACAAGUUCACAGACAAGGACGGGAUCACUCUCUACUGCAAGCUCCCUCUUCCAGGGUUAACAGAUUUCACAACCUUGGAUAACAUAGUGUUCUUGCCAAACGCAGAACACUUGUGCGUCGACCCCCGAGCGCCAAUUCCAGAUGAGAAUGCGGCAGGGGAUGAUGUGGAGGACAUAACUCCACCUGCUGAUGGUGCUUACGACCUAGAGGACCUCACGGAUGUUACAGAUGACCACGCCUACAGACGUUGGAUGGUGGACUCCCAGAAGAAAAACAACAGCCUCAUGAAGAGGAUCCUCAGAGCACUCACUGGAGGCUGCAUCAGAGGUCAGGAUGAGCACACGACGCAAGGAACAAGGCGCCCAGGCAAAGAACCAGCGGGCACUUCAGCUAGAGAAGAGAGACUUCCGAGGAACCGGAGAACAGCCGGCCACUCCAGCAGCGGCGAUUCAGACUGA